CGCGUCCUAGCGACGCGCCCAGCCCUCCGCUCGGCUGGUCUACUCUCCCCUGGUCCCCUUCCUUCGCUCGCGGCUCAGUCUCACGCUCUCAGUGGGCCUCUCCCUGGGCCCGAGGGCGUGGAUUCGCACACUCUGAUUCAGGCGCCGGACAGCUCUCCGGGUUCCUGUGGCGGGAGCCGCUCAGGGAGAGCCAGAGCGGGGAGAGGAACUGCGAGAAGGAACGUUUAAGUUAAGAAAGAAAAAAAAAAUCAAGAUUUGGUAAUUUUUAUCUUUAAGCCACAUCCAAAGCUCGGGGGAGAGAGGGAAGGAGGGUGGGAAAAUCACUUUUGGACAAACUGCACGUAAAGAAGGAAGAAAAGAGACCCAUUGAGGACCCAGCACGGAGCCGACGGGCGAUUGGAGAUGUUGGACACCAUCAUCCCUUCAGUGCAAGACCUGGCCAGGCAGGUGCUGCCCACGCUGCCCUCGCUGAGCCAGGAGGAUGUGAACUGGGUGAAACUACUGAAGACUACACAGCUAGCAACCCCAGGAGGCAAGAAGGCUGUAGAUCUUCAGACAUGCAGUGCACUGAUCUUUCCACUGCACUGUGCUCUGGAAAUAGAAGUCUCUACUAUCUGGGGGAAUGUGUCAGAAUUUGUGGAACGGCAGCUGUCCCUGCGUAAGGGGGUUCAGAUUCCAGGACUUGGAACUUUUACUUUCAUGAGACAAAAGCUUGAGGUGGGAAACAACAAGUUUAUCCUAAUUCAGAGGCCCGUAUUUAUCAUGGCAGAGAAGUUAGUACAGAUCCAUGGACUCAAACAAAACAAAGUAUAUACUCCUGGUGAUAUCCCAAUUGUUCCACUUAAUUUUGUCAUGAUAUCCCUGGAGGGUCCAUUUAACAGGGAUAUAGUGGAAGGAUGUGUGAAGGAGACGUUGCUUUUUUUAUCACGAUCCAUUUCCAUCAAAGAAAAUGUGGAGUUUACAUUCAAAGGAAUUGGAGUCCUCGUGAUCAGAGAUGGCAAAGUGAAGAUGAGAUUUUAUAAGGACUUCCUUUGUACAAUGGAUGGAAGUGGGGCUUUGGCGAAAGCCCUAGCAAACAGGCCUGGCACUGUGGACUCAGUGUUGUCCAGCAGAGAGACCUGGGAGAAGCGGCCCAGAAGCGUGCUUGUAUUUCCAAGGAUUGAACUCAAGGGGAUGGAGAACAAACCAAAAAUGGAGCCCAUUGUAGAAGAAAGUCAAAAGAAUAGACAAAGGAAAAGCAAGUUAAAAGAUCAAUCAGACAAAGAAGAAGGUGUCAGAGAGAUCUUAUCACCCAAGAUACUUCAAGAUAGACAAACUCUCUCCCCUGGCAAAGUGACAAGCGGCAGCUUGCUGACCAAGUUGGAGAGGAGUGGGAGUGGUGGGAAGAAUAUGAACCCUGAAGGCUUAUCAUCUCCAGAUUAUCUGAAAAAUGAUGAUGAAAUGAAUCCUAGAAUUUCUCCAGCCCCUGCUUGCCAAGAUCAUAAUAAGGCAGGACAGGAAAUGUGUUAUGUAUGUUUGCAACGAGCACAACGAAAUUGCCCAUUGUAUUAUGGUGAGGAGAGGAGGAGGAGGGAGAUAGAAGAUGAGCGACUCAUACAACAAUAUCAGAUGUUGAAGGACCAAGAGGCUCUCUUCAAAGAGCAGUUGAAAAGUCUGGCUAGUAGAGAACAGAAUAAAAAAAAUGCUGCCUAUAAUCUUGGAGUUGCUGAAGCUAUAAGAAUCCACAAGAAUGAGAAACCUGAAUUUUAUAAAUCCUUCCUAUUUGAUAAACGGCCACUCAGUCCUGAGAUUAAUGCCUUUAAGCAAGAGGAAUAUUCCCAAAGUCUCCUGAAACAAGUGGAUAACAGACGGGAAAAGCAAAUCAAGCAAAGACAAAACAGAGAGUUGAUGGACCGCCUAGAACAAGUGCAACUCACAGAGGAACUUGCUGCACAAAGAGCCAAAUAUAUAAAAGAUAAGAUAGAAGAAACAUGGUGUUAUAAGAGAGCUUUGGAUGCACAAAUAAAGAACAAAGCCCCUCAGCUGCCCAUGUUUGAGCCAGACUCUUUUGAGCCCAUCUUUGGUAAUAACAAGUGUAAUCUGAUGGUGGAAAAGCAAAUGCGAGAACAGAAUUACAUGAAGCACCAGCUGGAGGCAGCUGCUAGUCACAAGAGGAGAGCUAUCCUGCACCAACUGGUGGACCAAAAGAGGGACUUGCAGAUGCUCCAGAGGGCCCAAAAAGAGCACUUGGCAGAUAGAAAUGCUGAGCUGGAGCGAGUGAACAGAAUCAACCAGAGCUUACAGGAGGACUGGGAAAGGAGUGCUGCAAUGAAGAGGCAGCGGGACCUGGAGGAGAAGGCCUUCGAGCGGGCCUCAGACAAGCUCUUCCUCCUGGACCAAUGUGAGAAGUAUCGGCGCUGCAGGCAGUGCCAGCGGUGCACCUCCAACGUGGGCAAGAGCAACCUGUGGCCCCUGAACAAGUCCCUGCAUGGCUCCCGGUUGUUUGUCUAAAACCCAAUGUUUGGACAUGUGUCCAAAACCUGGGGAAGGUUUUUAUUUUUCAAAUGUUUAGGGGUGAUGGCAAAACGACAUAUUUAUACUUUAGAGGAAAAAAAUUGUGUGGUUUUGGUGCUUUCAGGAAUAGAUUUAUUUUUAGCCCUUUACUGAAUUCACAUACAGAGGUUCUCACAUCUGUCGUCCUCCCAUCCACACAGAACCCUGCUGCCAUCGGGGCUGGGAAUGGGACCCUGCUUCAUUCUGGCUGCGGGCGUGCUGCUGACCCAGCCCUGCCACCCCCUCUGUGACUUUGUAUAAGACUUUGUGACUUUAUCUUUUCUUCAUCUAUAAUGAAUAAUGUCAUAAUAAAUAUUUUCUACGUGCCCGACUGUGCAUAACAAUUCAUAAUGGUAAAUUUUACCAUCCUCCCCCAGCCCUAGAUUUUUCUAGAGGACCCUAUGUGUGAAAAACCCACAGGUAGGUUAGGCUAUUUGCCUCAGGUGGUGAGAGUAAUGCCUUCCGAGUUUUCUACUUGGUGAUACACCUGGGACUUUGUUGGGACCUCAGGGGAUAUCAUUCCUUUGGUGACCUUCUGGUCAAUCAUUCUGUUGCCCAGCCACUUCUACACCAUGAUUGUAGGUUUAUUGGGAUAAGUGUGUACUGUGAGGGGAGUCUGGCUGCCGUGCCAGGUGCUACCUUCUUCUCUCACUGCUUCACUUGGAUCCAUUCUUAAGCUAAAUAUGCUGUGGAAGAGGAGUAUCUUCCUGUUAAAGGACUGAUUUUCAGUUAAGCUGGGGGUGUUCUCAGCCACAAACUUUCUUCAUUUGUCUUCACCCUUUAUCUUUCCUCUCCCUGCCCUGUCCUACCACCUUAGGUAAAAAAUUAACAAAGAAGAGUGAAGUCUAGAUUUCUGAAAUACAAAAUCUAGGAAGAAAGUCCCUUCAACUAUUUGCUUUCUGCUGUCAUAUCUUUCUUAGAAAAUGGGUGAAAAUAUAUCUGGGGAGACCUCCAAAACAUUGUUUUGUCCUGCUACAAAUACAAAGUAGGAAUGUUUUGAGCCCUGAAUAGUUAAGGGGAAAGUACUCAGAUUGAUAUCGGGCAAAUUUUGUUGCUAAUGUUAUCUUUUUCUAUGGAAAUAAGUAAGCUUACUGGUGACUGGAAUUGUCUGGAACCUCUCAACCCAAGCUUCCUAUGUUGCCACUUCCUUCCAUUUCCCCAGAAGAUCACCCCAUGCAGGUUGAAUGAUCACCAACCAAUACUUAAAACAUAGCCUUUCCCCAGGACUGCUUGACUUGCCUGAAGUCCAUAUCUGCUGCACCCUUGGAGUAUUUCUGUGUCUCUAAUAUAUAAUAAAUUACUUUAAUAGCAUUGUAUUAAUAUUUUUAAAAAAUACAGACUGCCUUCUUAAAGAAAAAAAGACUUUAGGAAAUUUUGAUAUGUUUAGGUGAAAAGAUUUAACUUUGUAGACAGUUUUUACUAUAGGAACUGAACUUAUUUAUUACCAUUGCUAGCAGUACUGACUCUUACUGUGUGCCAAGCACCAAGCUAAUUUUUGGUGACCUGGAGAUUAAGACCUCAUCAGUCCCUGCCUGCCUUCAGAGCACUUACUGUGUGGAGCAGAGGUGAGAUGUGACUGGAGAAUCUCCACAUAACAAGGUAAAAACCUGAUAGCGCUGUGCAUUGGUUGUUACGGACGAGCGAGCUGGAGCCCUUGUAGUCAGUUAUCCUGGCACAGAGAGAGAAAGCUUUUGAAGGAGAUGAGGCCUAAGCUGAAUUUUUAAGGAUAAAUAGGAAAUAGCUGGAUGAAGAGUGACAAGGGGUCAUGGCAACAGAUGUCGAGGCCCUGUGUGCCUAUCAAGGCUAAGAUGGAGAUGUGGUUAUGUGAGUUAGGUUAUGAAACCUAAUAUGUUUUUUAUCAUUCAACCUUUUUAAGAAUCAAACUACAUUAUAGUCCUUCAUUAAAACAACUGAUAUCAUACAAUAAAGAAUGGACAGUCUUUUUUUUGA